CAAACUGCUGAUGCUUCCUGAGAUUUGACACUUUCCGGUUAUAUUUUUAAAUGCGAACAGCAGUAGCACAUCAUGAUCAUCUUACAAACACUUAUGAUGAUGAUUAUUUUUCUUCAAACUAAUGCCAAUGAAAAAGUAACACACACUUUACAGAAAAGAAUGGGAUGUGCUUUUGAAAAUGGAAGAAAAACGUAUUUCUGGCACUAUGUGUAUAAUCAGAAAGAUGUGUACCACUACAGCUAUGAGAAACAGCACUACGUGGCAGAUCACCCAUCCUUAAAGCAGAUAAUAGAAGAUAAUAACAGAAACCCUUCAUAUCUGAAAAACAUAGGAGAUAUAUUAUCCGAAACCUGCAAUGCUGCGAAAAAUAUUUUCGAUAACCUGCCUACUGAGCUGGGAAGUAUCGAAAAAAGCUCUGUGACAGUUUCAAUGGAGACAAAAGGAAGUGAGAAGUAUCUGGUCUGCUUUGUUCAUGGCUUUCACCCAAAUAACAUCAAUGUGACAUGGCUGAGAGAUGGUGAGGAACUGUUUUAUGGAGUUACAUCCUCUGGGAUUUUGCCACUGCGAGAUGGGACCUUUCAAAUAAAGAAAUAUCUACCUAUAACCGACAACGUGGAACAAUCCCAUGCUUGCAGAAUAGAACAUGAGUCAUUAAUGGAAAGCAUUUUAGUACCAUGGGAUCCUGCAGCAAUGACAAACAUCUGGGAGAAACUGGAAAAAUUGUUUGGAAUUCCUGCUUUGAUUGUCAGCAUCACAUUUCCACUAGUGGCAUAUUUCUGCAAAAGAACAUUUCCAAAAGCAGAUCAGAUGGAAGCUUACAGUACGUCCAGCAGCUCUUCAGACAACAACCUUCAAGCAGUCCCACUGAAUCUGACAGAAAACAUGGACUGAAGCUUGGAACUUGAAUUAAUCAUGCUAGUUCUUUUUCUCUUUAAAAAAAAAAAAAAAAAUAUAUAUAUAUAUAUAUAUAUAUAUAUAUAUAUAUAUAUAUAUAUAU